AAAACCGUCUUUGUCAGCAUAGAAUCCGAUACAAGAGAACAUCACGUUAAAUCGAAAAAUCUACAUGGAAUAAAAGACGUUUCUAAUUCACUAUCACCAGAGAUUGCAAAGUAUGCACAAAAACCGUUGGUACCAUCGUUGCCAAGAUCUUUUCCAUUCAAGGAAUCUUGCAGUGAACUUCCCUUCAUCACCUUACGUGGAUGUAAAAGGAUCGGGGAAACAACAGAAUUUGGAGAUCGAUAUGAACUUGACCUUGGUCAGCAGGAUCUAGGAUCCCCAACAGUUACUAAAAAACUGACGCUUGAAAAUUCGACAUCUCAGCCAAUUGAUUAUCGCCUGAAGACUGUGUUUGUGAAUGAUAAAAACUGGUUAAGCAUAAGCCGAAAUGAAGGAACUUUAGAGGCCUUGGACGAACACAACAGACAGUAUAUUGAUAAUCAUACCAUCACUCUUAGUUUUUCGACAAAUAAUCGAAACGUUUAUUCAACUUACCUUAUUGUCGAGAAUUUGAGUAAUCCAUCUGACACAAAAACUAUCCGGAUCCUGAUGGAGGUUGUCGCUCGUCAGAACUUACGUCGAGGUGCAAAUAUUUCUCUUCCAAAUAACCAUGUGUUUGAUGUAUAUGUCAACGGGGUAGAUAUUGGUCAAACGCAGAUCGAGAUGCUCAAUAUUUUUUAUGGUCAUGAAUACACUGCGAGAAGUAUGGUUAUUCACAAUAGAGAAAAUGUGCCUUUGGAAUUUACGUUUCAAACAAACCUCGACUACGAUGAUCCAACAGAAAUC